AACGUUAAAAAAUUUGUUUUGAAUUGCGACUUGGCUGGCAAAAUUUUUGCUUUACGCAAUUUUUAUUAAGAAUAUUAAUAAAUAAAUAAAUGCAUUCCAUCGCGUUUCAUGUAGUCGCAGAGGAGGAGAAAAACCGAUUGAUUACGGAGGCCGCCGAUCGCCGAAAAUUGCGUGAUGCCAUGAAUAACAGUGAGACGCCCCAAUCUUUGUCGAAAAAAAUAAAUAGGCAUCAAAUCGAAAUAUUAAUAACCCUAAUGGAAGCCAGGCCGGACAUUGCUCGUGGCUUUCAUAAGGGCCACAAUGAUGAAGUUUCCCGGUUUUGGCGGAACGCAGAGGCGGAACUAAACUCUGCAGGUCCACCACUAAAAAAUAUUACUCAAUGGAAAAAGGUGUGGACCGACCAAAAAAAAUAUGUGCGUCACAAGGCGGCGCAAAGUUUUGAAGCCAGAAAAAGCUCGGGUGGUGGUCCAAACACCCAACAGAAACUUUCUCCCAAUGAGGAAGCAAUAUAUAAACUUAUUGGAAUGAAUGAGAACGUUGAACGAAUAUCUGCGUCUAUUUUUGGAUUGUCGCCUUCAAGUGUAUCUAAGGUCGUGACAGAAGAACCUGAGCGCGACGAGCCUGACAACAUAGAGUAUUCGGAGAGAACGAAAAUAGAGAUUUGCGAAUCUCAAAUUAGUUCACCCGUUACAGUCGACGAGCGUACGCCUUCACCGCCACCAGUAUAUGUAGCUCCCGAAAAGAAAUUAAAGUUUCAGAAAGGGUUGUUAGAAACUGUUACUAAGGCAGUAAACAGUUCAGUAGAGCAUCAUGAAGAACAGAAACGGCAUUUCAGGGAAAUGGAGCGGCUUAAAAGAGAAGAAAUAGCUGAAAUGCGGCGGCACAAUAACCUGUUGGAGCAGUUGCUUAAGAUGUAAAUGUCUUCAUAUUGUUGUACGCUAAAUAUAUUUGAGUUCUUUUGCCCGUUUGCACCUAUCCAUUCUUCGCAAUGGCUUUCCGCUUUCAACAUGCUCUAUUAAACUCGUUACUGCCACAGUAACGGUGUUUCUAAUAACUUUUGUUGAAUGUUGUUGUAGCAGCAUACAAAUUCCCCAAAGACUUUUUGGGGAGUGUUGCUGUAGUGACAGUCCUUGGCCAGAUAUAAAUCUGGGUCGUUCCGGUUACGUAGACCCGACUGUCGUGGGAACGAACUCUUGUUGAAUCUUAAGUUCAGAUGUUUUCGCCGAUGGUUUCUUUCCAGUACGUCGCAGGUGGCCUAAUUUGAGAUUUGUGAAUAUCUACUUCUGCUAACUCCAAAUACUCCAUGCAGUCAGGCCCGUAACGUUCAGGUUCUUCUGUCACCAUCUUAUUUUGUCGGCAGAGCCUUUGCUAGAGGAAUAGCUAUGCCAAAAAAUACAUACAUAGUAACAAAGAUUUUUUCUUUUUUUCUAAGUAUUUUGUUUCGUAUGUAUUUUACAGCACAGAUGCACUGGAAGUUGGAAAUCCUAAAGCUCAUACAACUAAGCCUUGCGCACUUUCCUCCAUUCCAAUGAACUUUAAAUCGCUUCCCUAUUGGGAGAAAGUUUCUGUCAUGGUAUAAUUCCACCAUGGUUUCUGUCAGGUUUUUUGGGCCCGUGCUUCUGAUGGCUUUUGAAUUUGGUGCCGCAUUUCGAAGUGUAUAUUCCGCGUACAAUAAUUAAAAGAUUGAAUAAGUUUAGAUAUGGAUUUAAAUGAUUUUUUUUUUAGGUUUGAUUUAGUGUAGAUACUUAUGUAAAUUUUUAUUAU